UGACGUGUGAAAGAAAACACGAAGAAGAAGCAGGGGGGAAAAGGAGGGAGAAACUGGAAGAAAGUAAGAAAAAGAGCAGGAGAAGAAGAAGUGGCUAAAAAAAACAACACGGUCACUUGGCUGUCUGUUCACAAACAAGGUUACACAAUUAUCUAAGAGAUAGCAAUUCAAUGCACGAUGGGAGGUGGGUAAACACCUUCAACACCUGGAUGCUGCUGCUGAUAUGGUGGACCUGAGAGUGGAUGCUCAGGAGCCCCCAGUCUCACCUUUUUAGGAGAGCCUGGGGAACAUUUUGCCACAGAUUAUGGAUUUAGAUCUUUUUCCAUGAGAUUCUGAUUUCAAGGGGCUCCGAUCAAACAGCUGUAAGAAACAUGGAGAGAGAAACAACUGAGAAGGAGCUGGAUUGCGUCACAGAUGCUGACCAGGAAAUUCCUGGUGGUGAUGUCACCUCACUAGCUGAGCCUAAUCAGUGGGAGGCCAAACAAACUGAUGACGAAUGUGAGCAGAAGGAUGAAGAUGCCAAUCUCAAAUCUCAGGACACUCCAAAUCCAAACCUUCUACAAGGCCCUGGAAUUGGUGAAGCAGAUUCUUGUGGAUCUACAACGUCCAAAGAGGAUACCAAGAAGGAUUCAGAUUGGUUUGAGCACGUCGAGACUGCAGAUAGUGAGAUUCCGCAUGUUAUAAAUCAAGAAGAGGAUGAAGCUGCGAAGGAGCAGCACAUGAAUGGGGAGUCUGGUUGGAGGAACCUGGGGCCUGGCCGAAGAUGCAAGUUCAGGAUCAGUGGAUCAGUCUCAGAGCAAAGUGGUCAAAGUGCAUUCUCCUCCAUUCAAAAAGGCAAUGUAAUGUCCAGUGGUGGUCGGCACAAGCAGACCCGCAGACGAAACCACCACCACAACCAGCAGAGCCGCGGCCGCAGGCGGACAGGAAACCAGCUCGUCUUGGCUUUUAAGGAUAUGCUCUCAGACUCUGUGAGCUUUUGGUGCGUCUCCUGCGUCCACAUGAUGAUUGAGAUUAUUGUCACAUUAACGCAUAAUUGUGGAGUUGGUGUGGAGACUGGAGGGGUGAAACUAUACAACUUUGGGCGCCAGCUCCUUGUAAAGAUCACGGAUACAGGAGCAAUGAAGGCGGAUGCUAGUCGAAUUCUGAAAUGGACUAAAUGCACAGUGACACAUGUUGUGGAUAAAAUUGUUCGCUUAGUAAUGUGGUUAAAAAAAGCUACAUUAUCUUGUUUGAGAAUCUUCUGCGCUUUGGUAAUCCUCGGCUUCCAGUGGUCCAAAAGUGUGUCUGUUCGUCUUGGUGGGGAGAGGGCAAAGCGCUAUUGGACAGCUUUUCAGGAGUCCCGCUUUUGGAAAAGGGUGGUGUCCCUGCUGGAGAGAGUCAGAAGCAGUUUCAGGAGGCGUGGCCAUGUUCCACCGUCCAGCCCUGACUCCCCCGGCAGAGCGGGGAGAAGCCAGCCGGGCCAGGAGCUGGAGAGGCUGCUGGCUUUGGUCGAGGUACCAGAAGAUGAACUUGACCCCUUUUCGGUGCUGGGUGUAGAGGUGCACGCAACUGAGGCUGAACUGAAGAAGGCCUACAGGCAGCUGGCUGUCCAGGUCCAUCCAGACAAGAAUAAGCACCCACGAGCUGGAGAGGCGUUCAAAGUACUGAGGGCUGCCUGGGAUAUCGUCAGUAACCCAGAGACACGACGAGAGUAUGAGUUGAAGCGUAUGGCAGCAACCGAGCUCUCAAAAUCCAUGAAUGAGUUCCUCACUAAACUGCAGGAUGACCUGAAGGAAGCCAUGAACACCAUGAUGUGUACCAAGUGUGAAGGCAAGCACAGGCGGUUCGAGAUGGAUCGUGAACCUGCAGCGGCCCGGUUCUGUGCUGAGUGCAACCGUUGCCAUAGUGCUGAGGAGGGGGACCUGUGGGCCGAGUCCAGCAUGUUGGGCUUGCGCAUCACAUACUUUGCAUGUAUGGAUGGCAAGGUGUAUGACAUUACAGAGUGGGCAGGUUGCCAGCGGAUAGGCAUUUCUCCUGACACGCACCGGGUGCCCUAUCACAUCUCCUUUGGUUCCAAAAACAACAGCAACCCCACACGACAAAGGACUCCGUCCGAGCAAGCCGCCAGUCCCACCAACCCUGCAGAUUUACAAGACUUCUUCAACCGCAUCUUCAAGGGUGGACCUCCAAAUGACAUGGCUGCCAAUGGGGGCUUCUUCCCCCCAGGUCCACCCCCUCAUAACCCCCCUGGAGCUGGAGCGCCCCCCUUCUCCCCUCCUCCCAGCCAGACAGGUUUCUACAAUCCGGGGGGUCCACGGCCAGAGUCCAGCGAGGCGUCGGCGGAAAGUGGCAAACCCCCCCGGAGGAGGAAGAAGGUCCGCAAACCCUUCCAGAGGUGAAGUCUGUCGAAGCCUCAGUGUCAACAUGGCAACACAGACGCACAAUAGCUAUCGGCCACGUUUGUCUCUCGCGUGUCUGAACUGGAGAUCAUUUGCAAGGCUGUGGUCAGAUCGCGCCGUAAGCGAGAGAGAUGGACUGGAUGACGGACAGGAGCGUGUCGACUGAGCAAGUAUCGAAGGAGGGUGGAGUAGGGGGAGGUGAUGGUGCUUUACCUCUCAUGUCGCUUCAUUGUUUUGUUGGUCUUUAAGAUGACAGUAGCCUUUGCAUUGAAAUCAUUAUUGAGAUGCUGUAAUUAAACAUUUUUCUUUCAGAAAUUCCUGCCAAAUCCUGCAAUGCAUGAUUUAUUUACCUGCAUUUUAGUACUUUAGUUUACUCACUUUUGUAUGCGGUUUGAUUACGACGUUGGUUCCAGACAGAUUGACACCUAAGGAGUGAGCUAUGGAUCACUUUCAUUAACAUGGUGAAGUUGAUGAUCUAGCUCCACGGUGUCACUCAUGCACCCCGCUCGCCAUAUUUCAGGAAUGAAGGGAAACCAGUUGUCCUCAACUAGUCCGAAUCAGUCAGUCAGUUUGGCUGAGUGACAUCUCAACACGUUGUGUUUCUGGUUUGAUGUACACCAGCUGAGAAGGUCUCACCUUUAAAAGUGGCACCAUACCAAUUUGAAAUGUGGAUAUUUCUCUGUGAUCAAAGGAUUAACGUUUUGAAGACCACAUAUAAAUGAUUUACGCCGCCCCUGUUGAUUCUGAGUCAAACCAAGAAUCUUUCACAAUGCUUAAUGUAAUGCUUCUUUCACAAGAAGAAUUACAUUCAUUUGUCAUUACUGACUUUCUUGAAUGAGACGAAAACUAAAGACCUAUGAACAUAGAACAUUCGAUAUUUUCAUUUCAUAUAGUUUAUUUGAGAAGUAAAAAUAUACAUUCCAGUUGUCUCAUUGAUCAACAAGCUCAGGACUAGUUUGCAAAUCAGCCACAUAAAGUACACAUUUUCAAAUAAUGGUGCUCCAGAUCCGUUUUUUUCUCCUCGUUCCAGGCUGACGGCUUUCAAAGUGAGGAGGUCUCUUCUGGUUAAUACCUCCUCCUGCACUUCAGCUUUUCACAUACAAUCUAAUCUAAAGUUAAGCAACUGGUUUCCUUUUAUCACCGUAUACAACACGAAAAUGAUAAUUGUUUGUGUUUUUGGGGUUUGGUUUUGUGACAUGGUUCUUUCAUAGGCAUAGUUUAAUUUUCAUCAGGAGUUAAGUUAAGAAAAGUGAGCAGUUUACACCUGAUAUGUGAAGAUUGUGAGUGUUGUGAAGGUGAAAUUGUGUGUGAUAAGGCAUUUGAUAAAAGCUAUUUUUUAUUCAUCGACAAUUGAUGAAAAGUACCAUGUUCAAUGUGGUUUUCUGUUGUGUUAAUUUGCACACCCACCCCACACCUAUUAACAUCGGAGGGAGUUUGAACAGUCAUCAGUAAUUUGGCCCAACUCCUCCAGCUGCAGCUGAGUGGGAGGUGGAGCUCGCUAAGCUAACAGCUAAUUUUCAAAUGGAGAUAUUUUUUUUUGGUAGAAUCUGUUAAAUGAGUGAGACAUUUUUGAAAAACAUUUGCAAUGCACCAGCUCUCAGAAUUAUGCCAUUGUGAUGCAUAAUUGUAUGUUUUUCUGGUUUAUAAAGCUAAAUGUGUUGCAGGUGUUGUUUGAGCUCCCUCUGGAUCUGUCAUUAAAGCGGCCCUUUUUAAAUGAAACCAACAAUUAUUCAAUUGACCUGAUUAAAAGUUGGAUUGUUAUUGAGAUGUAAUCUGAAAGAAAAAAUGAGUUUUAUUUAAUUAGGGUAACCUGAUCCAUGUUAAAGUUUCAUUGGGCCUUAAAUAUCUUAUGUUCCUGUCCAUCUCUUUAGCACAGCGCGUUGUUUUUCACACCCUGACAUGAUGUACAGUAUGUUGAUGGUGGAGGGGUCGAGAUUAACGAGCCAACACUUCCAAGUUUUUAACAGAGUAUGCAGAAGUAUUGCAAAAAAUAUGACAAUCAUCAGGGUUUUUUUUUUAAGGGAAUUACGAGACGAGGUUCCCUGGCCGACAAACCGUUUUAAUAUAUCACUUGGUUUUUUUUUUUGCCCCCACUUACUCUGGUUUUCAAAAUAAAAAAGGAUUUCCUAUA